AUGGCAAUGGCUGUAUCUUCUUCAUCUUCUUCAGGGAUCACGAGCUCUGCUUUCUCUCGUUCCGCCAUUUCUUCUGAUCAUAAAGUAUCGCAAAUUGGCUCGUUGAGGUUAUUGGAUCGUGUUCAUGUUACUCCGAUGACUCUGAAUCUAUCAUCUGGGAAGCGAUCUUUUGUUAAACCUUUAAACGCAGAGCCAAAGACGAAAGAAUCAAUGAUUCCUAAUGCAGCAACAACAGCAAUGGUAGCUGAAAUUGCAGAGGAAGUAGAUCAUCAUGUAAUUGAGAUUGAAGAUUUUGAACAACUUGCAAACAAGUUAGAGAAUGCUUCACCUCUUGAAAUUAUGGAUAAAGCUCUUGAGAAAUCCGGGAACGAUAUCGCAAUCGCAUUUAGUGGUGCAGAGGAUGUUGCUUUGAUUGAGUAUGCUCAUUUAACUGGGAGGCCAUAUAGAGUAUUUAGUUUGGAUACAGGGAGAUUAAACCCCGAAACGUAUCGGUUUUUCGAUGCGGUUGAGAAGCAUUAUGGGAUUAGAAUUGAGUAUAUGUUUCCUGAUUCUGUUGAGGUUCAAGGUUUGGUUAGGAACAAAGGGUUGUUUUCUUUCUAUGAAGAUGGUCAUCAAGAGUGUUGCCGUGUUCGAAAGGUGAGACCUUUGAGACGUGCUCUCAAGGGUUUAAAGGCUUGGAUCACUGGACAAAGGAAAGAUCAAUCUCCGGGAACGAGGUCUGAGAUUCCUGUGGUUCAGGUUGAUCCGGUUUUUGAAGGUUUGGAUGGUGGAGUUGGUAGUUUGGUGAAAUGGAAUCCGGUUGCGAAUGUUGAAGGGAACGAUGUUUGGAAUUUCUUGAGGACUAUGGAUGUUCCGGUUAACACAUUGCACGCGGCAGGGUAUGUUUCGAUCGGAUGUGAGCCCUGCACGAGAGCGGUUUUACCGGGACAGCACGAGAGGGAAGGGAGAUGGUGGUGGGAAGAUGCUAAGGCUAAGGAGUGUGGACUUCACAAAGGCAAUAUCAAGGAUGAUGCUAGUAAGGGUAGUGUAAACGGGGAAUCGAAAUCCGCUGUUGCAGAGAUCUUUACGAGUGAGAAUCUUGUGACUUUGAGCAGGCAAGGGAUUGAGAAUUUGAUGAAGUUGGAGAACCGUAAAGAGCCUUGGAUCGUUGUGCUUUAUGCCCCAUGGUGUCCCUUUUGUCAAGCCAUGGAAGCAUCGUAUGAUGAAUUGUCCGAUAAACUGGCUGGAAGCGGGAUCAAGGUUGCGAAAUUCAGAGCCGAUGGUGACCAGAAGGAGUUUGCAAAGCAGGAGUUACAGCUCGGUAGCUUCCCAACCAUACUUGUCUUCCCAAAGAACUCUUCAAGACCGAUCAAGUAUCCAUCUGAGAAGAGAGAUGUCGAUUCUUUGACUUCGUUCUUGAAUCUUGUCCGGUGA